AUGAGUCGAUCAACUUCGUCCGGCGACGCAGCUGCGCGUUCGGCUCUCGGGGCGUCGCCGUCGGGCAGCGAGGUCGAUCGGCUUCCUUUUCUCCCGUCUUCUUUUUCGCCGUAUUCGGUUCUCCGAGAGCCUGCUCGUGGCGUACUCAACGCAGCUCGACUCGCACCUUUCCCCUCGCACAAGAGCACCUCUUCUCUGUCCCGUCUGCGUCCACGGCUCGCCUCUCCAUCAGCUGCGCGUCAGGCAGCUGUCGACCUCCCUUCUUCCUCUGCUGCCUCUUCGGCCUCCUCUGCCGCCCCUUCCUCUCCGUAUUUCGCGGGAUGUGUGCCUCGUGUGCACGAGACUUCUUCGCAGGACCAGUUUCCAAUCGGGACCGGUAACGCGGACUGUCCUCGUCGAACCCAGAGCACUGCACAGCCAUCUGUUCCUUCCGAAUGCGAUCCUUGGCGCAACUCUUCUCACUUCCCACCUCAAGUCGUCCAAAAUUGUCUCCUGCCUCUUUCGUCCUCAUCGUCUCCGUCUCCUUAUCCGUCAUCUUCUGUCGCCUCUUUGUCCCAGUCCAGAGGCCAUGCUGUUCAGCAUGUCGCCGCGCAGGCAAGCAGCAGGGAGUCAGAGCCUGAGUCGGCUGUACGGACAGUUGGCGUGCGUCGUGUCUCUUCUCGCUGUGGCCUUGCGACCCAGACCGGAGCGAGCGACAGCUCGGAGAGUGGCGAGUCUCCUCUCCUCGGAAAUGCAUGCGACGCGUUCGCCUUUUCGAUGUCAAGGAAGGAAGAAGCUCGCCACUCGCGCCUCGGCCCGCCAGUGCCGAGCUCGUGUCAGUUCCCUGAUGCUGGAACCCCGCCAAUCUCUCACGCGAGACGCACAGACAUUCCUCCAGCUUCCUCCGUCACCUUUGCGUAUUCGGAGUCUCAUCCUCAUGUCGCCUGGCUCUUCUCGACGCCUGCGCCUUCUUCUCUUCCCGCCCGUUCGUCCUUUGCUAUCGGUCCCUCGUCGCACUCUCCUUUCCUGCCUCGGGGCUUCGGCCAGUCCCCACAGACCGACGAAAUCGCUCCGACCGUCCGGUACAGCGUCGCCACUGCGGUAGCUGAGGCGGAAUGCGAACAGAAGAAUCAUCGCGACUUUGAACGAGAGUGCGACGCAGCCCACGACACAUGUCCUCGAUUCCACGUUUCGACAGAUACCAAAACGACGUCGUUCCCGACCGCUUCUGCCUCGCCUUCCUUCUCUCCCGUCUCGACCUUCUCCUUUCCGUCUUCUCUCUCCCAUGCUGCGUUCGUCUCGUCGGCGUGGGGGCUGCGAGAAGAGCUGCAAGGCGACGUGGGCGCAUACCAACAGACGCGCGACACCGGAGAGAAAGGGCCAGGAGGCAGCGGUUUCCUCGACACCGAAGAGGCAACAGUUUGCCGCGGUCGAAGGCCCAGCACCUGCGAGGCUGUCUGUACACCCGCGAGGGAAGUACACCUCGUCGAAGACACCUCAGGUUCUCCGCCUGCCGUCAAAUUGCGCAGAAGCGCUCGCCUUCAGGAGCUCUACGCGAAAACCAAACGUGAACGGAGCAGUCCUGACGACUGGCUUGCGCGUCCUCCGUCCUCUGCGUUGCCUCUUUAUGCGAAUGCUGAUGUGUCGCCGGCCGUCUCCUGCCCUCAGAAAACACCUCUUGAUCAGCCGAGCCUUUCACGAAAGCGCCCGUCUUUGGAGCGAGAGCCUCGCCUGAGGGCUGCACAGUGUCGACCUUCUUCGCCGCCACCAUCUUUACCGGAGAAAGGCCCGAGACUAAAGCUAGGAGGAGGUGUUGUCGCCCCUGGCUUGGAUCAGGCGCGGGCUGGUGUGGAGGAGGCUUCAUCCGCUGCGGCGAGGCGGACGGUCUUGAUGCAUUGUGGGGUUGAAGCAGGCGGAAGAAGACCUGACGGGGAGGAGGCAGGGAAACGAUCGGCAGAGAGCGAGGGAGCGCAGCCUUCCCGGGCGGACGGCGCCGCCUGUCUGUUUAGCCCGGAAGACCCGACCCUCGACGACCGGAUAGAUACAGAAGAGCGAAAGAGAGAAGGAAGAGGAGUCCGGAGCUCGAACGCGUUCACGGUCCGGCGAGACGAAAGAGUCGUAGAUAUCGUGACCGAUUGUUCGCCAGAGACGCACGGACGCCUAAGAGGGCACAGGCACGAGCUAUUGCAUGCACUCGCGGCGGGAAAGGCCAACGCGAGCGAGACAGCGACUGCCUUUGCUUCCUCUUUCACUUCUUUGUUCCCUGGGUCUGGCGGGAAAACACGCGCCGUAUCGGCCCAGAGGCGCGUGUCCCUGGGGCCUCUCCGAGACGAACAAGGCCAGGAAACAGUUCGGCGACAUGGGGAAAAGGAGGCGAUAGAGACGAUCCGUUCACCUCUCUUUGUGACGUCUGUUGACGACGUCUUUCGAACGAAAGGUGAUAUCCCCGCUUCGCUCUCUGCGGGGCGUAAUGAAGGCCAGACUGUUUCCUUUGCGGGCUCGAAGGGACAGGGCGAGGCAGGGCCCGCCGGGAGAGAGCCGGCGGCGGCCCCGUCGACUUGUGUGUCUCUCGUCAGUCACGCGUUCUCGUCGCGAAGUCUCAAACUGCGAGAGGAGACACGCGUUCCGGCCUCGCGAGCUUCUUCGCCUUCCUCUUCUUGCCAUGUCGGGUGCACGCCCGCAGCUGAUGGCGGAUUCUCUGGCGAGGGCCCUCACCGUGGACUUUCUCGCCUGUCUUCCACGUCUUCGCGCCUUCUCGCUUCCGGCUCUUUCGUUCCCGGCUCGUCUGCCUGGUCCCCCUGCGGGUUCCCCGCCUAUCCGGCUUCCCCCUCGUUCCACCAAACGCUGAGGCAGCCGGCGCGGCGGCAAGAAGGAAGAGACGACGGGAACUGCGACCUCGAAAGAAGACGGGUGUCCAGAGGCGAGGAAUGUCCCGAGGCGGCGAGCGGACACGUUCGGCGAGAGUUGUGCGAGUUGGCCGUGCCUGGAACGGAGACGCGGGGCCGCAGAGAAAAAGAGGCGAAGGAAAUGAACUUUCUGCGGCGCACCGUCCUGGGAAUCGUCCUCUUUUGCCUCCUUCGCAGGCUUCUCUUGGCCUGGCUUUGGCCAUCGGGGCAUGGCCCGCCCCCCGAUGCCUUCUCUCUCAGCUCGCCCGACGAGGGCGACGCGCGUUUUCGAAGGCUCAUGGAGACGUUGGCGGCGGAGUUUCCGCAGCACCGGCAUCGGUUCCUGCCAGAAACGUCGUCUUAUUCCGCGCAUGCGUUUUCGCCCUUGGCUGUCGCCGGGCCAGGAACGACGCAGGGUUCGGGUUCGUGGAUCUCGCUUCUGAGCAGCCUUCUUUCGCGUUUCUCUUCUCGCGGGCACUCUCUGCGUCUGUCGCUCUUUAACGAAUUCACGCGAGAGGAGAGAAGAGAAGAACGACGUCCUCUGUACUCAGAAGAUGCGCCCUACCUAAUCGAGACGGCCGACUUGGAGUCGACAAAAGCGGAGAGUGCCUCCGUCACUUCGUUCUUCUCCAGAAUCGUCAGUGCGCUUUGGAGGCCGCCCUACGGCUUCUCUCCCGCUAUCUCUGCGAGUCUGCCUCUCCCUAUCCCGUCGCGCGGCGACGCCGCGACGCGACUGGAGAAAGAGACCGAAUCCCGAGAGACAGUGGAGCCGAACCACUCGCCUCACUACAAAUCGUGGAAAGCGAGAAGCCCCAAAACGGUCCCCCUGGCUGCCGUCUUCUCGCUUCUUCUUUUCUUCCUUCGCAGCUGGGGCGUGCUGCUGCGUAUGGUCUUCACGUGGGUGAUUGCUCCGCCCUUUGCGCUUCUUUUUCGGCUUCUUCUGUCUCUUCUCGUUCGGCUGUCUCUCUCCUUCUUCUUCGUCGCGGCGACCUUCCUCGGCGUCGGCUACUUUCUUCUGGUCCACCUUCGGGGCCUCUUCGCUGUCCCCCCCACAGGCAGGAGACAUCCUGUCUCUCCGCCCUCGCCGUCGCACCGCGCGUCGUGUUCUCUCUCUUUCCUGUCGCAUCCCUGGAGCUCCACGUCGAUGUGCACCCGUCACGCAGGGGUUUUCUUCUCGGCGGUCUCUGGAUCUGUGCCUGUGGGCGAACGGCGGGGAGGUCGAUUCGUCCCGUCUGCCUUAGAUGAACCCGCAGACGGUGGAGUCUCUGCGCCCUGUUCCCUUUCUUUCCUCGCUGCCUCAGCGCAGCUCUGCGCCUCUGCAGCUCGGCCGCUUCUCCCGGUGGUCUUCUCGCUCUUUUCGCGGGCCGUGCAUGUCGUUGCGGAGACACAGAGACAAGGGACAACCGGCAGCCAGGGGAGCGAAGAAGAAAGAGAGAAUGCGAGGGAAGAAGAAAGAGAGGAUGAGGGGGAAGAAGAAAGAGAGGAUGAGAGGGAAGAAGAGAGAGAGGGUGGGAGGGAAGGAAAGAGAGAGGGUGGGAGGGAAGGAAAGAGAGAGAAUGAGAGGGAAAGAGGCAGGGGAUAUGGAGAGGUGGAAUGGGCUGGAGAGGAGAUGCGCAGAGAAGACACGGAGAGGACGUUGAGGAAGGAAAGAAACAGCUGGAGGUGGAGGGUGACACGCGAGGAAGAUGUCUUCAUGGAGGAAGAAGCGAGAGCAAGCACCCCGACGGAAAUCCCGGGAAAAGUCAGAGAAGCGGAGAUUGCGUAA